UAACGCAGCACCAGACCAAAGCAGCACGUCGAGGUUUGUUGCCAAUGACAGUCGCCUGCUAGCUAAAGUCAUGGCGCUACUCAAACAAAGUUGUUGUGUAGCUGGCCGUUACUCGACAAAUCAUUUAUGGCUGAGUCCCAGAUGCAUCCCACAUGUUUACACCAGCAGUAUGACUACUGUGGCGAAAUCCUCCACCGACCCGGUCGACAAAAAGAAAGAGCUUCUGGGUGACGACGGGCCUGAUCUCCAAGACUUCAUUUCAGGGGAUUUAUCGGAGAAAAGCAAGUGGGAAGAGUACAGAGGCAACCUGAAGAGAGGGAAGGGAGAGAGGCUGCGGCUUCCUCCAUGGCUGAAGACGGAGAUCCCCAUUGGAAAAAACUUCAACAAGCUGAAGAACACACUGAGAGACCUCAACCUGCACACAGUGUGUGAGGAGGCCAGGUGUCCUAACAUUGGAGAAUGCUGGGGAGGAGGAGAGUACGCCACAGCCACAGCCACCAUCAUGCUGAUGGGGGACACGUGUACCCGUGGGUGCAGGUUCUGCUCCAUAAAGACGGCCCGUCGGCCUCCACCUCUGGACCCAGACGAGCCCUACAAUACAGCCAAGGCCAUCGCUGCCUGGGGGCUAGACUAUGUGGUUCUCACCUCGGUCGACAGAGAUGAUAUUGCUGAUGGAGGGGCAGAGCACUUUGCUAAGACCGUCUUCAACCUGAAGGAAAGGGACUCUCACAUACUGGUUGAAUGUCUGACGCCUGAUUUUCGCGGUGACCUGGCAGCAGUAGAGAAGAUCGCCCUGUCAGGGUUAGAUGUGUAUGCCCACAAUGUGGAGACAGUGCGAGAGCUGCAAAGGUUUGUGCGUGACCCAAGAGCGAACAUUGACCAGUCGCUGAGUGUCCUGAAGCAUGAAAAGGUCAAACCCACUGUGCUCACCAAGACUUCAAUCAUGUUGGGACUGGGCGAGACUGACCAACAGAUACUCAACACUUUGACUGAGUUACGAGAGGCAGAAGUUGACUGUCUAACACUCGGCCAGUACAUGCAACCCACUAAACGCCACCUAAAGGUGGAGGAAUAUGUCACCCCAGAGAGGUUUGCCCACUGGGAGAAAGUUGGGAAUGAGAUGGGCUUCGCUUACACAGCUAGUGGGCCACUGGUUCGAUCCUCCUACAAAGCAGGCGAGUUCUUUCUGAAGAUUCUACUGAAGAAGAGGAAAGCAGAAGUCACUAUAUCAGAAUGAAAUGCACCAAAUCAGCAGUUUCUAGAGGCUUGAUCCCCUUUAGUCUUUCCCCUACCUAAUAACUAUACAUAUUUACAACGACAAAAUCAGCUUUACUCCUGCCGUAUCAUAAUGCAUCACAAGCUGUAGCACAGGAAACACUUUAAACAUACGAGUACUAACAGCAAGUCAAGAACUAAUACAGGUGGCAUUACCGAGACCUCAAGUUAAGUAUAGGGACUAUUCUCUUCCUUUUCAAUGCAUUUGUCCUCCUCUGUUCACCUGUGACAACCCAGAGGUCUGGUUUUAGGGAGAGAUCAAUGAGAAAAAACAGCAGUUAUUUGCUUGCGGACUUGUAGAUAACCCGGGUGAGGCUUGUCAGUGUACCCCUGACAACUAAAAAAUGCAACUUAGUGAUAGCAGGAGCUGUAAUUUGCAAUCUUUGUAUCUCAAGGGCCCCUAAAUCACAUCCACCGUGAACUCCCUCCCCUCAGGGGCUCUGGACUUCAGGUAGAGAGCUACUGAUCUUUAACCGCAAGCUUUGUGUAUGAGCUCUUUGAUGUUUGCUGCUUCAGGACAGAUUUAAUGAAGAGUUUAAAAGUUUUUUUUGUCUGAGGAUUCUUGCAGAGACUCCAUGAUGCAAAAAUAAAUCACUGGUUGCUGCAGACUUGUAACACUGUUGAACGCUAUGUUUUAAAUUAUUAUUACGUUAGAAAAACGUACAAAUUCAGCCCAAAUUGCCCUUUUUUUCCAGGUAUGGAAGUAUAGAAAGAGGUACUUUUGAUAUCUGUAUUUGAUAAAGAGCCAAUUUAGGCCCAGACUGCUUGUCUAACGUGAACAUUUUAAACGUUACACAGCGAUUGUUUAGACAUGAAAUAAAAAAAGUAUUUAAAGUA